GCUGCCCGCCGCGGCGCGCGCACCGCCGGAUGUGACGCGGCCGCGAGCCAGCCGGAGCCGCCGCGGACGGACGAUGGCCAAGGUCACCUUCAAGGUCACGCUCACGUCGGACCCGCGCCUGCCCUACAAAGUAUUAAGUGUGCCAGAAAGUACACCUUUCACUGCGGUCUUGAAGUUUGCUGCUGAAGAAUUCAAAGUCCCUGCAGCAACAAGUGCCAUUAUUACAAACGAUGGAAUAGGAAUAAAUCCUGCGCAGACAGCUGGAAAUGUUUUCCUGAAGCACGGUUCAGAGUUACGGCUUAUUCCCAGAGAUCGUGUCGGGAGAUGCUGACGUGUGCAUGCCCUUGCACCAAUGUAUUACAAGCAGCAGACAAAUAGAUCAGUAAGCAUCUUCACCGGAGAAUUAGCGCCUUCUGCCCUAACACAUUGCCCUGUGAAACCACUACGCCCAUACUCAACUCCUGCCAGAAAAGCUGAAUUAAUGUUUCUGACUUUACAUGGGAGCCUUUUCUGAAUCUUGGAAUGCAUUUGCCCUGACUCCAUCAUUCAUGAAUGGAACGGGCGCCUGCCUCACUGUGCCAAGGAGUCUCCUCCACUGAAGUGAAUAGGUCGGUCCUCCACACUCCCUAGCACAACCUUCCCCAAUCUCCUACCCUCCAUGUUUCAAACUUCAGCUUCCAUCACCCACAGUCAGCAUGGGACUUGGAAACACCUGGAGGGCACAGCUGCACCAGUAAGUUUGCAAGUACCAUAGCAAAGUUUGCUCAUCAAAGCAUUUGCAUGUGCCAGUUUGGCUCAGUUUUGAUUGUGUAUCUAAGAUCAUUCAUAGUUUUAAGUUAUCAGUUCAGAAAGAAAACUUUUAAUUAAUCAUAUUUUGUUAAGUAACAUAUGGCAAACAUCCCCUUUUUUGACCUUGCAGUACUGUCAGGAAUUGUGUCCUACAUUCCAGAAAAAUUUAUUCAUUGGAAAGCUUGGGUUGCUUUUGGAGUGGAGGAAAAGUUGUGGGUGUCUCUGUAUGUUUUGAAUAUGCCAACGUUGGUCCACAGACAUCAUGAGUUGGUUUGUUCAACAUGUUUCCCACAGGCAUAUGUUUUACGAAGGAAUGCAACUUCUGCCCACUGAAUAAUAAAUUAUACCUUAUGAUCUAA